AUGGCCACCAUCACCGACCACACCCCUCUCCUUGAGAAUAACAACGGCCCCGGAGCCCGUUCCUUCGUCUGCCGUAUAGUGGACAUGCUCAAGGCGGAUGGACAACCAUCGUGGCUGGCUUCGUACCGCUUCUUCCUGUUUGGUUCUUGGCUAAAUGCCCUUCUGAUGGCCAUACCACUGAGCUUCGUCGCUCAUGCUUAUGAUUGGGAUGCGGCAUUUUGCUUCACUUUCAGCUUCAUUGCGAUCAUGCCAUUGGCCGCGCUCUUGGGCACUGCCAUGGAUCAGAUGUCCAUGCAAGCAGGCCAGACGCUUUCUGUACUGCUCAAUGCCACUUUCGGAAAUGCACUCGAACUCAUAGUGGGCUUCACUGCUUUGUUCAAAGGUUUUGUUUGGUCUCACGUUCCGAGACACUGUGAAACUAAGAUCAGGUUCCCAGACGAACUGCGCAUAGUGCAGACUUCUAUGCUAGGCUCUAUCUUGUCCAACCUACUCUUUGUCUUAGGGUCUUCCUUUCUUUUGGGAGGCUUCCUCAAAGACAGCAAAUAUAACGAGACCGCCGCUCAAGUAUCUUGCUCACUAAUGACGUUGACUUGUAUCACUCUAGUUGUACCUGCAGCAUACCACAAUGCUCAGACACACGGUGUCGGGUUCAUCGAUGGUGCAAUCCCUACGAAGACGGGAUACCUAAUAGAUGGGACGAAUCUCGACGGCGAUGCCGAAUUCGGCCUUAGGUUCAUUUCGCGGGGAACAUCCAUCCUGCUCCUCCUCGUCUAUCUUGGGUAUAUCAUAUUCAAGCUCAAAACCCAUGCCGCAUUAUUCGAGGCUGAGUCUGCUCAAAUAGAGGAGGAAUCCCAGCAAAUGAACAUUCCUGCUGCCACACUUGCCUUACUGCUAGUGACUGUACUCACUUCGUUCUGCGCAAAUUAUCUAGUGGCUUCGAUUGAAGAAACCGCUGAGAAUUACCGUAUAUCAAGGCUAUUUAUCGGCCUCAUCCUUCUUCCCAUAGUGGAAAACGCUGCUGGGCAAAUCAUGUCGAUCCGGAUGGCACGCAAGGACAAGAUGGAGAUCACAAUCGGUAUAUGCGUCGGGGGUGCUAUUCAAGUAUCUGCAUUUGUGAUCCCACUGCUUGUGAUUAUCGGUUAG